ACAUCAGUUACAUUUGAAGAUCAGAAGAAGAAGACGAAAUAAUUUGUUUACAGAGCCCUAUGCUUGCAGCAGCAGCAGUAGCAGAAGCUGAGAAGCGGGAGAGUGAUGUAUCCAUCCAUUCCUGCAAAUCCAAGUUGGCAAUUCCGAGGGCCGACAUAUAUCCCACUCCAAGGAGAUCCGACAACGAUGCCGAGCGAGCAGCUGCAUCCUCUCCUCCCCCUCACCCUCAUCGGAACUGCAGAAAUCGCGCGACUCCUCCUCCUCCAUCAUCUCCCCGGCAAGAAUCCAAACGCAAGCAGCAGCCCACGGGCCUUGUUACUUCUGAUUCUGACGACCGCGAGUACGCUUUGCGAUAUAUGUACUCGCCUCUGCUGCCUAAAGCUGCCGCCUUUCGCUGCGACGCGAGGCAGAGAGCAGCAGCAGCAGCUCCAGUCAGUAGUGUUCACUGUUCAUUUGUUCAGGUUGGGAGCUAGAGGAAGAAGAAGAAGGUAGCUAGGUUGGCUAGGUGGCUUGCUCUUCUUUUUUUUUCUGCUCCAGUUCCA